GAAUUAUCUCCAGUACGUUGUCUUAUAACGGAUGAAAAAGAUGUUUCAUGUGGGGCUACAAAAGGUGUUAGUGUUAGUGAUGAAAGCUUGGUUCAGAUUCAAAAAGUGUUGUAGAGCUAACAAAUGGUUCUUCAGAGGAUACUAAAGAGCAAAUCUUGCAAAGGAUAUUUUUUGUUUUGUUUUGCAGAGGAUACCCCUCACAUUUUCCCAAAUUACCCCUUCCUCUACAAUGUUUUUUUUGUUUCUGUGUAUUUUGUGCAUCAGGUAAAGUUGGUGGAAGAAAGGAAUAUGAAGCCACUUGAUUCAAAUCUUGCAGCAUUAUCGGCAAGAUGCAGUAAAUACUUGGAGUUGAAUUUGGCUAAGUCAUUCUUGAGUGAGAUGGGCCAAUGUACAAAUUUUUAUCCAUAUAACAGCUGUUUGGAGAAUUAGUCUUAAAGAGUUAUGAAAGGCAAGAUGCAACUUUACU